CUUUGGCGUCGGUGUCCGUCAGCGGAUUUCCCACAAACUUUAAAAAGACUUCAGUCAGAGACAGAAACGCUUCAGCGUCCCGUACUGAGGUCCAGACACCACUGGUCCCAACGCCGUCACAAGGGUGUUCUCCCCCCUCCUGAACCUGAGGAGGAUCCUGAGUCUUUUAUCCUGGACCUGAGGAACUUCCCAGAGCUGGCCACUGCAAACAUGGGCUCACAGCACCCUAACAUCCAGGUGACCAUCGAGGUGGUCGACAACACCCAGACUGAGACAGAGGUGGAGAUGGAUCUGGCCAAGGAAGGACAACGUAAUGACUGGUCUCUGUCAUCCUCAGAGUGGGCCAACAACCACAAGAAACUGUUCUGGCCGUUGUUCUGGGAGUAUCCUGAGCAGGCGGAGAACAGGUUGGGAAGACUAAGAUUGGAGGAACAGUCUGAGGACUAUAACUAUGAUGUGGAGGAACCUGUCCUCAGUGGAGUAGGUGCAGACUGGGGAGAACACUGGAACAAAGACCGGGAUACCAAGGAUAGCUAUGAGUACGAGGAGAAGUGGAGCAGCUGGGCUCCUUGCAGUGUCACCUGUGGACACGGGACACAGAAACGCACCCGUUCCUGUGGCUACGCGUGCACUGCGACUGAGUCACGUACAUGUGACCUGGAGGGCUGUGCUGACAUGGUGAUUGCAGUGACUGAGCUGACACCCAUGCAGAUGACAAAUAGCACCGACUCCCUGGACAUAAAUGUAGACAGCUGUGAGAAGUGGCUAAGCUGCAAGAAUGACUUCCUCCAGAAGUACCUGCACCAAGUGCUCACGGAGCUCCCCAGCUGUCCCUGCUCCUAUCCCUCUGAGGCUGUUUACAGUUCCGUCAACAUCCAGGACAGCAAACUUCGCAAGACUUACCGCUGGAGGGAUGUGAGUGGACCCAAAGAACGUCUGGACAUCUACAAACCAUCAGCCAGAUUCUGCAUUCGCUCAAUGCUAUCAUAUGACAGCACAACAUUGGCAGCGCAGCAUUGCUGCUACGAUGAUCAGAUGAGACUGAUAACACGUGGAAAAGGAGCAGGAGCACCUAAUUUAAUUAGUACAGAGUUUUCACCGGAGUUGCAUUACAAGGUGGACGUAUUGCCUUGGAUCCUGUGCAAAGGGGACUGGAGUCGGUUUCACUCGGUAAGGCCACCCAAUAACGGGCUAGAGUGCGCAGACAACCCCCUUGAACAAGUGUUUCAAAUGGAACUCAAAGAGGCCAGGGAGUAUUGACACUGUGGGGGUGUGCAGUCAUAACCAGAAGGAAGGAUGACAUGGUGGUUGCUAAUUUAAAUUGCCAUUUGUCCUGUGUAUCAUCUUCAUCCUGCAUGAGCACAGAAAAAGUGAACUGCAAUAUUACCAUAGAGUUUCUUUGGUACCAUGAAGAUUUUUGGCACAGCUCAUAGCCUCCUAGAUCAACUGAUGCUUGGAUAACACUGGUUUAAGAUAGGACAUAACUUUUGAUGAAAAUAUGUUUGGAAGACAUAGACAACAAAGACUGGUGAAGUGUUUUUAUAUUUUUUACAAAAGUAGACUGUUAUAUGUAGACUGUUCAGAAAUGAAAUAACACUGAUGUUGGAAGGACAAUGAAAAUCAGUGUUUAAGUAUUUUUAUUUUCAGCUAAUCCCUGGCCCUGUAUGUAGCUGCUAC